GAGGGGGGGAAAUUUCACUGUUCUCACGCGUUGGAGACGGACCUGGUGGACGGGCUGGAUGGACGGGACCUAUAGGCGUGAUCUUCAACAGCAACUCCCACAGCCAACACACUGAUACCGAAAGCACCUCCCACUUGCACCUCCCGUUCGCACGUCUGGAUUCCAUUCCAUCAACCCGCAACCAUAAAUCUCCAAUGCCCGACACCCGCCGCAUAGAGCGCGAAAUCCGCCAAGUCCUCGCCGACAAAACCGCCAACGUCCAUGUCGAGGUCCUGGGCGACGACCUCUGCCAUCUCCGCGGCCGCCUCUCCGGCCCAUCCGACACGCCGUAUGCCGGCGGCACCUUCUUUGUGGAUAUCGUGCUACCGGGGAAUUACCCGUUCGCGCCGCCGAAGAUGAAGUUUGAAACGCGGAUUUAUCAUCCGAAUAUCAGUUCGGUUACUGGGGCUAUUUGUUUGGAUAUCUUGAAAGAUGAGUGGUCGCCAGUCCUGACGCUGAAAACCGUGCUCAUAUCAUUGCAAUCCCUCCUCUGCGACGCCGCGCCUGAUAACCCGCAGGACGCCGAGGUAGCAAAACGCUACAUCUCCGACCGCGCGGGCUUCGACCGCACCGCCACCGACUGGACAAAACAGUACGCCAUCACCGAAACCCACGCACCCUCCCAACCGCCGUCACAUCCUACACCACCACCAAAUCCAAAGCCGGAAAAGCAACCCCCACCACCCCCAGAGGAAGUAGGCCUGGACCGCGCCGCGAUAGCGCGGAUGACGGAGAUGGGCUUCCCGAGGGCAUUGGUGGUCAGGGCGUUGAGGCAGAGUGAUGGGAAUGAGGUUAGGGCGCUCGAGGCGGUUUUGGCGGAUAAUGUUUUAUGAGAUGGCGUUGUGGGGGAGAAGUUGGUAGGAUGAUGCAUGCAGGGAACUGGUUCGUGCCGCCAGUGACACGGACGCGGGCCUCGCCUACCCAUGUCCCCUAAUGCUACAGUAGACAAGACGAUAUAGACAGCCCGCUCAAGCAACAAACCCCCAAUUUCACGGACCGGAUGUCGAUA